AUGUCACUUUAUAAAGAGAUUGAUAAUCAAGUUAAAAUGAAAAAUCAGAAAAAACAAGAAUUUAUCCAAGAAAUACCUUCUAAAAGAAAAUUUAUAUUUGAGAUGAAUGAUUUUAAUGAUGAGAUUGAAUCGUGUCCAUCUAUCCCAUCUAAUAUAGAUUUUGGGUUUAGACCAAAAUUUGGUAAAAUACAUUUAGUAAAUGGGAAAAUAGUUGAAGAAUUUCCACAACAAGAACAAUCAAGGAAGUUCUCAAUAAAUUCACCAAAAUAUUCUUUUGACAUUUUAAGCCAAGAAAAUAAGUUUUCUAACUCAUUACCUCCAGACUUUGAAAAUGAUGACCAAAAUGAUGGACCUGGUACAACAGUAUUAAUUCAACCUGGGGAUAUUGAUACAACUCCAGUGAAAUCAACAGAUUUUCCUCAUAUUUCAAAUGACAUUAUAGCUAAAGAAAAAGUAACUACUAUCAACGAACAAAACUAUGAAAGUAUAAGCCUACAAAAACAACAAAAUGUCGUUCAAAACCAAACACCAAAUUUCAAGAAGAUUGUUAAUAUUUCUUCAUUGGAAAGAAAACAGAAUAGUAUUAACUUAAACCAAAAUAUUUUUGAAAAAACAAAUGUAACUACUGAAAUUAAACUUCUCUCUUCACCUAAGUUGAAAGAUCUUUCUUCAAUAAGUGAAGAUGAUUUACCAAUAAUUGAGAAAAAACAAUUCCAUUUUAUUAUGCCUCAACAACACUCUCCUAAGACAACAGCCUUAGGCUUUGGUUAUCAAAGUUUUGAAGAAAAUUAA